ACCAUGGAGGGAUCCACAGCGGACGGCGUGUUAGCGCCUUUACCUGGAAGAUGUGCUUUUUAUGUUGUAAAAAAGAAACGAUACUGCAAGAUGAUUGUUGGAAGUGGGAAAACCUUCUGCGGGGAACAUGCAAAUGCUGGUGAAGAGAGUGAGAAAAAACGAAUACCCUGUCCUUUGGACCCCAAACACACUGUGUUUGAAGAUAAUUUGGCCAAACACCUGAAGAAAUGCAACUCCAAGGAGAAACCAAAACCUAUUUAUUAUGUGAAGGACAUCAAUGCUGGGUGUGAAAAUGAAGAUGAAACCAUAGAAGAGAUAUCCAUUGCUGAUCGAUCCAAAGAGGAACUGGAUGAGUUGAUAGUGAAACUUAAAACUGCAUUACAAGGUCUAAAUACCAAACUCACAGAAAAAACACUCUCACAUUCUGCUCUAUAUGACCCUCUAAAUGACCCAAAGAAUGGAGAUUCUGCUUUUAAACACCUCAAGCAACAGGCCUCUAUUCUUGGAAACAUGGAAGUUUUGGAACUGCUCAGUCCAAACAGAUGCUACAUAGAGUUUGGGGCAGGGAAGGGAAAACUGUCCCAUUGGAUUCACAUUGCUCUUAAAGCAGCUGAAAAUGUCCAUUUUUUACUUGUGGAAAGGUCCAGUACUCGCUUUAAGGUAGAUGGCAAGCACAAAAAUGCAGACUCGACUUUUGAUAGGCUUCAGGUUGAUAUUCAACACCUUGAUUUACUGAAAGUUCCUCUCCUGAGAGAAAAGCGACUUCCUGUUAUUGGUGUUGGGAAGCACCUCUGUGGUGCAGCAACUGAUCUGGCCCUUCGGUGUUUAUUUGAGCACAACUGCAUUGACAAAGAUGAUGACCCUCCUACCAAGCGUGUAAAACUUAAUCAUACGGAGGGUGCUGGUGAUGAUAUGAAGCCUGUUCCCUCAACCGAAGGCAGGGAAACUGGUGAAGAGCUCAUAGUGUCAGGACUGGCCAUCGCUCUUUGCUGCCACCACCGUUGCGACUGGAGACACUACGUGGGAAAAGAGUUCUUCAGACAGAAAGGUCUCGGACCAGAAGAGUUUGCUGCUUUCCAGCGCAUGUCGAGCUGGGCCACUUGCGGCAUGAGAAAAUUCAGCUCCAAGACAACAGAAAAAACAGGCGAAGAGGAAGAACAUGAGAUGAGCGAGGAAGCUGUGCCAGAUACCCUUAACGGUUUGAUGUCAGUUGAAGAUCGGGAACAAAUUGGGCGGCUUUGUAAGCACCUGAUUGACCAUGGAAGAGUGUAUUACCUCCAGCAAAAAGGCUUUAAAACCAGUCUGAGAUACUACACAAGCAGAGAUGUGUCACUGGAGAAUGUGUUACUAACUGCCAUUCCCACAGCCAAUCAGAAUAGAGAUGAAUCUAAACAGCAUUCUUAAGACAAACAAGCACAAGUGCAGGAAACAUAUGCUUCAUUUUAUUUUAUCAAUGUUUAUGGAUUUUUUAUUUUAUUUUAGUUCAUCCACAAACAUUACGUAUAUGACAUACUAGCAGGAAGAAGCACUCCAAAAAAUGACAGGCAACAAAACAUUUAAAAGAAAGAAGCACUCUUCACAGGACUUGGGAGAGGGGACAAUACUUGACAUGAUGGACCGGAAAGAUCAGUCCAAAAGGCAGGUGAGCAGACAGAAGCCAGCAUGCAAGUCACAAAGACGAUGCUGUCUCAGACACGCCGUCCAGCGUCACAUUUAGCAAUGACGUGAAAGUUUGGGAUCCUGAAAUAGACAUGGAAUGCAAAAGUUGUUUUCAUAAAGAGGCUCUAAAGGCUUUAAUUCCAGUUCUGUUUUAUUUAUGUAAUAUUUUAUAAUAAAGAUCUGCUACAAGUUUUGCACACAA